AUGAUGAAACAAAUCGAACAUUUCUUAAAGAGUAAAAAUAUUGAACAUUUCAGCCUACGAGUAAACGCAACUGCUACAACCUUACGUGCUUUGGAAAAGUUGAAAGAUCUUUACAGUGAUAUUUCCCAGAUACCAGUGCCACAAAAUGCUCGCUUACGACGUCAAGGAAAAUAUUUCGAGAUUUCUUCAGUAUGGACAAAUCGUUCAAUGGCAUUGAAGAAAAUAGUAAAGAUGCAGCGCAUAAGCAUUAUUGGACCGAAAAUUGAUGAACCGGACAUAUUUGAAUUGAUUUCGACUACGUCACUGCCAUUGACAGGCAUAGAAAACGAGCUGAUCGCUUACUGUAACAGCGAUACAAAAUGUGCCACACUUAUUACUUUACUUGAGGGGAAAGAGAAGAAACAAUAUGUCAAGGUAUUUGAUCAGAAAGAACAUAUUGAAAUUUGCUGCGUCGAUGUCACAUCACCAAAAAAGCAUGGUAUUAUCCAUGAAGAUGAAGAAUUUGGUGGUUUAAAGUGGUCAAAUGGGGAAGGUCAUUUGUUAUAUACUGCUGAGAAGUUUGUCCAAAAGAAGGAAUAUUAUGAUGCAGAAUUGGAUUGGACUAGUGAGGAAAAGUUUCUUGAAUCAAAUGCUGGAGAUAAGUACAAGCAUCUGGAAAGUUGGGGUGAACAACGAAAUGAUAUUAGAGAACCGGUACUCUGUAUAUUUGACAUAAUGAGUGGCAGCGUUACCGUUUUGGAUCAGAUUCCGAAAACUAUCACUCCUGCUUUUGCUGUUUGGGCUCCAGAAGAUAAAGGAGUAGUGUUUUUUGGGAUUCAAAACACUCCGGCCAAAUUAGGAAAAAUAUAUUGCAACAACCGAAGAGGAACGCUGUUUUAUUACGAGUUUCGUACGGCAAAAUUAACUUCGUUAAGUGAAGAAGAUGUGGCAAUUGAAGGGUUAACAUUCUCACCAAAUGGAUCAAAAUUGAUAUAUUUCCAACGUAAAUUUGGUGGUCCUCAUUAUGCUUCAGUUUCUUGUCAUCUAAUGGACUGGAUCAAAAAUGAGGAAAAAAUGCUCAUUCCAACUGUUACAUCUAUCAGUGGUACUGUUCUAAAUUUCAUUCAUUUCUUCAAAAAUAAUCAGAAGCAAUUUCCUGGGCUCUAUAUUGUGCAAGUAUCGAGCAGGCCUUGGGCCACCGAUAACAAACGAGUGUUUUUUUCAACUAUAUGGGGUUCACAACGGCAUUUUGAUCUGCUUAUUCACCGUUUAGGUGCUUUCCAUGGAAGUUGGACUGUAUUAGAUAUAAAUGAAAACUGUUUAGUGGCAGUUUGUAGUGCACCAAAUCGUCCUCCAACUGUACUUGUUGGGCAUAUUCCUCUUCUUGAUUCUGAAGAUAGAAUUAUUUGGACUAGACUUGAUAAUAGUUCUGCCGUUGAAGUUCGUUUAAAGUUACUCAAUUUUUCAUGGCAUGUAGUUGACUUCAAUCGAGAGGCUCAUGGUUCAUAUGAAGGCCUGUUGUGUAUUCCUAAUGGAAGUAGUAUUGUUCCCUUGGUUGUGGUACCCCAUGGCGGACCACAUAGCAUCACAAUCGCUUCUUGGCUAAGUCGUAAGGUUUUAUUGUUAUUGAACUCUGGUUAUGCCGUACUAUUCGUUAAUUAUCAUGGGUCACUUGGAUUUGGUGAUGAUUUUGUCAAUUCUUUACCUGGAAAUUGUGGGGAUUUAGAUGUUAAAGAUGUUCACUUUGCGGUUCAAAAAGUAUUAGACAAAGAGCAGAGAUUGGAUCGUUCACGAGUUGCUUUAUGUGGUGGUUCUCAUGGAGGUUUCAUCGUCAGUCAUCUAAUAGGACAAUUUCCCGAUUUCUACAAGGUGUGCGUCGCUCAGAAUCCUGUAUUAAAUAUUGCAGCCAUGUUCGAUUUAUCAGACAUUCCAGACUGGUCAGUUGUUGAAGCACUUGGUCGAAAUCAUUUUGACUGGAAAAAGAUGCUCUCAGCAAAAGAUCGUGAAAAGAUGUAUCAAAGUUCACCAAUUGCUCAUGUUGAAAAAGUUGUUACACCUUACUUACUAUUGAACGGUGAGAAGGAUUUGCGUGUGGUUAGCCAUUAUCAAGCUUUCAUCCGUAAUAUAAAUGCACGCGGAAUUCCAAAUAAAAUCCUGUCAUAUCCAACAUCAAAUCAUCCUUUGGAUGAAGUCGAUGUCGAAGCAGAUUGUGCAGUCAAUAUUGUUCGUUGGCUCGAUAAAUAUCUCCAUCAGUGA